AUGUUUUUUCCUCUACUAUUUCCAUUUAUUAAUGCCUUCUCAUUCAUUUCGGAGUCACUAAUGGUCUUUUUACCCAUAUUCAAGCUAUUUUCCUCAAUGAUUUUUUAUUAUUUGUUUGAUUCAUUAUCUUCACAAUCGAUAUUCAUCUUCAGUAUUCAAGCUCUACUCGUAAUCUCAGAAAUGUCUCCACUGAUUGGAUAUGGUUAUCUUCUACAGCCCUGGAGAAUUCUUGAAAUUUAA